AUGCCACCAAAAAAAAACCUGGCGCAUUGGUGGCUUGAGCCCACUUUCCCGUCCUUGGACUCCGAAGGCACUGAUUUCUGCGACUAUACGCCGGUCCCGAAGCCCCCAAGCCCUUACCUUGACGCGUUAUUCAUCUCCGAACAUGUACAGCUCCGGAGUCUGGGAGGACUUCGCACAUCCGAAUCCAUCAUACUGCAGCAACUGGAGCCAUACACGCCGCGGGUCGUGCUCCCAAAGGUACUCGCCGGCUUCGACAGCGGCGACUCGAGCGAGGAGGAAGAGCAGGUCACAAAUGAUCUGUUCAUCAACGACGACGAUGAUUAUAGUAUUGACGACGAGCCAGGCGGCGCCUCGUUGUUCCACUCCAAUGAACUUUCCCACUCAAUGCCGGCCCCGUGGGUCGAGCGCGACUUUGUCCAAGUCGACGAGUCCAAGUGGUUCAAGCUCUUUCGGAGGGAAAGAUGGGCCAGUUAUUGUCAUUCAGACCCUUCCCAGUUAUCGGUCGACAUCGACAACGAUGACCACUGGAGAAGACUGAGCCGGGUUAUAGAGAUCGCCAACCGAAUCCUCAACGAGGUUGCCGAUCAGGAAUGGAUAGGUAGCUUCCUCGAUCCCAGGGCCCGCGACACCCGCGCUCCCGUCACGUCCGGAAAAGGCUCCGUGACUCAGUCCAACACGAUCAUCUACCGCGUCGUCCCCUCCCCGCCUGCGUCCCGUCUUUCCAAGGCCCAGGCUCGCGCCGCGCUUGAUGAUAUCGCAAAGUACUUCUUCUGGGGCUUCCAUAUGCCCGAUGAGUAUCCCAACGUGACCGGCAAGACGUUUCACGUCCUAACCGACGACGGGACUCACGCACACUGGAUGACGCUAGCCUUGGAUUUUUUGACGCCCGUGUUCAAGGACAGCACACCUGAGGAUCCGGAGGGGAGGCAGGUGGCUGUCGGCAUGGCAAAAACCAUGCUCCAUGAGCUGGCGCACGCCAUAUCAUGGCAUUUCUUCAACUUGAUGCCCGAGUCCUCUGUAUACAAAUGUCGCACGCACGAGCUUUUUUUCAAUGAGGAGAGGUGGGCGGAAGCAGGCUACUCUUUUGAGAAUAGUGUAUUCGGAACGACCGUCAAAAACCACUGGUUGGGCGACGACGGCCGCAUCCAGUACCUGGGCAUUCGCGGUUUGAGUCCUCAUACAUGCGAAUCCGACUUGCAUUACACAUACGACAACUGGUCCAACGGGGAUCCCUUCAUCGACGUGCCGCUGGGAAUCCCCGCUGUCUUUCCCUGCGCCAUGACGACUUCUGACUUCUGGGAGAGCCACGUCCAAAGAUAUGGCGCUUCGAGCUUACGGACGUCUUGGGUCUGCGAGGGCAGGUCCGAGCUGAGCAAGGGUACAUUGCACGUGUGGCCCGCCAAAGUCAUGUCUGAGCCAUACAAGUAUUCGAGGUACGUCGAGCUCAACAAGAGCAUGAAGUCCGUCGCGCAGAUGUUGCGGAAAAGGCGGCUGGACCUAAAAAGGCUGCGGCCCUGGUACGCCGAAGAAUACGCCUUUUGGUCCCAGACGGUGUAUGCCCACUCGAGGCGGCGUUUUGCAAUGGGGGGGAUAGCGCUCAGUUUUCGCGGCCGCUCGGUCAAACACGAGGCCGAGGCAAGGGAGGCCAUCAGCACCUCGAUAAAGCCCUAUCAACUGUUGUCCAACCUAGAGAAGGCCAGCCCAGAUCGGUUGGCUUCGCAAAUGUUCUUCCAGGCCUUCGGAUUUCUCGCCUUAGCGGCGUUGCCCAUCAGAAAGAGCCCCCUUCGGUAUCAGGACGAGAGCAUUGGCGAGUUCCCCGACAGAAUCAGUCAGGGUUUGAGACCUGGCUUUGCCGGAAACGAAGAUCUUGUAGAUUGGCUGCUCAAGUGCGGGGAACGGAUACUGGCGAACAAAAAGUCCAACACGCUGCAUGGCACGCAGUCACCCAGCCACGACAAGGAGCUGUGCAUGAGCAACGCCGGCCUGGCCUUCCGGCGCUGGGAAGCGCUGGGAUGCGUUACCGGUUCUAUCGUGUGUGACUUUGAGACCGAAUGGCAGAUUAUGAGGAGGAGGCUUGACCAGGCACCUUUCGAUGAUGUAUUCCUGAACUGGGACAGUGUGUCAUGGCGCGCUCUCUCCCCGUAUCAGGGUCCAGCGGCUCACUCCAGCCCGAUUUCUCUCCGUCAGGACAACAAGCGCGCGCAUCAAAGCAAAGGAGUCGACGCGGACAUUCCGGCAUGGGCUAUUGCGAGACCGAUGAUGAUGGCCUCAACCACCCCAGCCCCAGUUCGAACUAGGCCAAACGGAACCCGUGUUCCCUACUACACUGUCGGGGAGGUCGGCGACCAUCAAAUCAUCGGGGCCUCCGGGGUAUGGGGUUGCUUGUUCGAUGGGAGAGAGAUGGAGAUUUACGACAUCACGGACUUGAUUCUGGACCAGGACGGAGACGUCUUGGAGUGGAACUACGCCACGAUGACCACCUUCACCCAGCCAAGUCCCAUAAUCGGUGCUCCUCGGGUGAUAGACCCCCAGGUCUUUAGCCCGGAGUGGUCCAAACUUUUCCGUUCCAGAAACAGAUUUAUCGGGAACGUCAUGAUUGACCGCGUGAGGGAGGAUGUCAUGAUUAAUGACGGCAAGCUCGGCAGACCUCGGUGGGCUGCCCUCGCUAACAGCGUGUUUGAUAUCACCGAGAUUGGCUUCGAUCACGAUUUGCGUGACCUGGAAGACAUCUUUACCUGUACCGUUGAUGAGGAUCCUGUCCUUGAGGCCAUCAACCGGGGAUACCACCCAGAUGUCAUCCAAAAGGCCCUCAGUCCGUACAAAAUUGGCUCCUUGUGGGAUAAGUCCGGCACAAGACGUUUUCGCGACCGCGUCUUCACGGCAAGCGACGUCAAAUGGCACACGACACGCGAGACGGGUAUCUACGCCAUCAUCGACCAAUUCGUUUACGAUUUCACAGAGUUGAUCGAUAAACAUCCCGGCGGGUCGGAAAUCAUUGCUCAGGUUGCCGGAGGUGAUGCUACCGAGUUGUGGGAGAAGUACCAUGGCAACCCUAUUUUGAAACUCAGCAUCAAUGUCGAUCAAAGUCGACAGUUUUUGUGCAUCGGACACGUCGUUGAGGAGCGAGAUGCCAAAGCCGUGUCACCUGAUGAGAUUUGCAUCCGCGAUUACAUAUUCAGCAAGAAUUCUGUUGAAGCGGGAAAACCAAUUCUUGAAUCACUCACCAAUUACUGGGGCACAGAUGGGACUGCAGAGUUGGAGAAACAAAAGCCGAACAAGGCCUACCUCGAUCUUUGGGAGCGUACCGACUACAUCGUCGCCAAGGUAGUUAAGCCCCUUGAUAGACUACCCUACAUGAGCCGGGAGGUCCUCCGAGAGAUGGACGGCAGAAAAAUACCGGAGGGGUUUAACGAGUUGUACGUGUCCGAUGGGAUGUACGUCUACAACGUCACUUCGUUGGUGAGAUACAACAAAUUGGAUCCAUGGCUCGAAAUACUGAAACUAAAGGCUGGGUCGGUCCUCUCCGCGGAUGUGCCGGAGGAGUACAAGGUGAAGAAGUGGCUCUGGAACACGAACCGGCACCGCAUCAUUGGCCUGUAUCGCAGUCCCAAGCACUCGCUCAGCACCGCGGAAAUACCCGUCGCAUGGAAGACGUCGCCCAGGCGGACGCCGAGCAUGAUGCCAAAGCUUAUCCCGGGGAGCGACCCGUCCGAGGACGCGACGAAAAAGACUUGGGCGCAGGUCGCGUUGCAGCCGCCGAUGGGGGUGCCGGCGCCGCCGACGACACCGUUCACGGUACGACCGCUGUACCCGCUGCGGAAGAAGCAGAAGAGGAGGAAAGAGUACGCUCCGGGGCUCCCAAAUCCAAUUCCGAGUCUGCCGAGGUCGUUUGGUUCCGUACCGGGCUCUCCGAUGGAUGUGAGCCAGUCGAUUGCAAUGACGGCGCUGGAGGAGAUGGGGUUCGCGAUGCGUCGUGGCACUGAGAUGGGGGUUCGCAAGAGAAAAAUGGGGAACCGGUGA